AUGGAGCCUCCUCUCUCAUCUCCGCAAGUUGCGGAAGGCAGGUCUCGGCUCGGUGGUCUCCGCACACAGAUCUCGUCAUUAUUUAGGAGCAACGGUCGGUCACAGGUCCUCGAUGGAACCCCUCCCAUCGAAGAACAUCCGGCGUCGAGAAACAAGAAUCGUCGAGGUUUUCGAUUUCGCGGGUCCCGGGAUGAAGGCCCAGCCCUUCCAGGGAACGUGGCUACAGUGCAACAUAGACCAUCCCCCUCUUCAGCACAAGGAGACACUGUUCCUGCUCCUAUUUCACCAGAAAAUUCCUCCACAUCACUGCCUUCAUCCAGUCGUCGCACACAUUAUAUCGGAGCUUGGGUCCGAAGACCGCGGAGGAAACAUCCAUGUGUUGGCGGGACGUCGUAUCGGACUGCCCUGAAGGACAAAGUCGUCCGGAAGAAUUUUGUGUCAUGCAUUAUAUCAGGACUCUUACUUGUAAUAGUGGUGGCAAUCUACCUGGGAUUUGCCGUAUCAUCCACCUCGGUUGAAGAACAGGAGUUCCACAUAUUGUUGAUUCUCCUGAUUAUGAUUUUCACAAUAUUUUUCUGCCACUCACUCGUUCGCACUUGUAUGCUGGCGACGCGUGUUGCAAAACAUGGAUCCUCUCUAAACCGGGUGCCCAGUACGGUUGGUCCGCUGGGCUAUGCGCAGCCAGAACGCCCUAUUCCUGUCAUCCUCGCUCGUGAUGAAGAGAUAAUGGCAGGGGACCAGGAAGCCGGGAAGGUGCUUCCUCCUCCACCAGCAUACGGUCUUUGGCGAGGCAGUGUGAGGAUAAACCCCGACCUGAUCUUCUGGCAACGAGUCGAUGAGUCCAAGAUGUCAAAUCGGAACGAGAGUGAGCAGCGCAGGCCGUCUACUGCCACCCGUCCCCCAAGUUACGCCUCUGAUAAUGGAGUGGAUUAUGUUAUUGAUGCGCAGCCGAGAUCUACGGCUCCAGGCUCUUACCCAUCAAGACACGAUUCACCUCGAUAG